GCUGCACGCCGCGGAGGUGCUCGAGGGGGGCCGGGGCUGAGCCGCCGCGGAGGUGCUCGAGGGGGGGCCGGGGUUGAGCCGUCGCGGAGGUGCUCGAGGGGCGCCAAGGCUGAGCUUCCACGGAGGUGCUCGAGGGGGUAGUGAUUGAGCCGUCACGGAGGUGCUACGCCGACACGUCGGACCUCUCCGAUUCCGCCGAUUUGGGUGCUUCUCUGCUCCAGAUUGUGGAGCUUCUCCACCUCAACAGGAGCAACCUACAGGAGGUUCAGAGAAUUUGGGUAUUAUGCAAUUGUGAAAGUGUUGUGCAAUGGCACAAAUUGACAAGAGGAUACCUCAAGUUGGUAUGAGAUUCAAAGAUUCAAAUGAGGCUUGGAUGUUUUGGGUAGAAUAUGGGGGUCACAUAGGCUUUGAUGUGAGGAAAAGAUGCACCAACAAAAGCAAAUUUGAUGGAAAGGUGACUUCAUGCAGAUUUGUUUGUUCCAAUGAGGGUCUUAGAAGGAAAUGUCAAACCAAACGUGAGCCAAAGCGUUUUAGAGCUGAAACAAGAAUUGAUUGUCUAGUUCGGAUGGUUAUUACAUUGGAUCGAGCGACAGAAAAUUAUGAAAUUACUGAAAUUGUGUUGGAACACAACCACUACCUUCAAUUGCCACAAACCCGCCACUUGUUGGCUUCACAAAGAAAGAUUUUAGAACUGCAAGCUUUCGAGAUAGAAACCGCUGAUGAUUCUGGAAUUAUGCCAAAAGCCGCACAUGAGUUUGCUUGUCGUAAAGUUGGUGGGCCGCUUAACCUUGGCUAUACUUGUCGGGACCAAAAGAAUCAUUUGCGAACCAAGAGACAGAGAGAAUUGGCUUUUGGACAGGCUGGGAGUAUGUUGAAGUAUUUUCGCGACAAAGUUGCUGAGAAUCCAUCAUUUCAAUAUGCUUUGCAGCUCGAUUGUGAGGAGAAUAUUGCCAACAUAUUCUGGGUUGAUGCUAAAAUGUUACUUGAUUAUGCACACUUUGGUGAUGUUGUCACAUUUGACACCACAUUUGGCACAAAUAAAGAGUAUAGGCCAUUUGGUAUUUUUCUUGGGCUCAAUCAGUUUAGAGAAACCACCAUUUUUGGUGCUGCCUUGAUGUUUGAUGAAACACGAGACUCGUUUAUAUGGCUCUUUGAGAGUUUUCUAGCAGCACAUAAUGAAAGACAACCUAGAACUAUUUAUACGGAUCAAGAUAUAGCAAUGGGAAAAGCUAUAGAGCAUGUCUUCACGCAAUCAUAUCAUGGAUUGUGCACCUUCCACAUAAUGCAAAAUGCUGUCAAACAUUUAUCUUCAGUGAAGGACGAAGAGGAAGAUGAAGUGGAAGAUGAAGAAAAGGAGACUCACAUUCUCACUGAUUUUGGUGCAUGUAUGUAUGGUUAUGAGGACAAGGCAGAAUUUGAAGAAGCGUUUGAUAAUAUGAGACAAAAGGUGCAUAAGCAAACUUGGUUAGAUAGUAUCUACAAGGUGAAGGAAAAAUGGGCUGAAUGUUAUAUGAGAGAUGUCUUCAGUUUGGGAGUGAGGAGUACACAACUAAGUGAGAGCUUCAACAAUGCAUUGAAGAAUCAUUUGAAAUCAGAUUUUCAUAUUGUUCGAUUCUUGAUGCACUUUGAGAGGACGAUGGAAGUGAAAAGAAGAAAGGAAUUGGAAUCUGAAUUUGAGGCAAGGAAAAAAUUACCAAGAAUCAAAAUGUUCACACCUAUGUUGGUGCAAGCAAGCAAAGUGUAUACUCCAAUUAUUUUUGAAGCUUUCCAAGGUGAGUAUGAAAGAUCCAUGGCUGCAUGUUGUAGAGUAUUGGAUGGAAAUAACAAAUUUGGUGUUGCUAUUGGGAGUUUGCAUGGUGAUUUACAGUUCGAGGAGGAGCGCAUAGUGAUAAGUGAUCCUUUGACCCAAACCAUUUCAUGUAGUUGUGGAAUGUUCAAUAGGGCAGGAGUAUUGUGUGGACAUGGUCUCAAAGUUCUUGAUUUGCUGAAUAUAAAGACAAUGCCAACACAUUAUGUCUUAAAGAGAUGGACUAGAGAAGCACGCAAUGGAAGUAUACAAGAUAGGCAAGGAAGGAAUGUUGUAGAAAAUCCAAAACUAGAAGCUCAACUUCGGUACCAGGAUUUGUCUCAUAAAUUUCACAAUUUGGCACAUAAAGCAGCCAACUAUUUAGAAUGUUGUGUGCUAUUGGAGAAUGCACUUGAUUCUGUUGCUCCACAAAUAGAGGAUAAACUCAACGCAACUACUAGUGCUAUGAAUGAACCAUGUAAAGACAAGGAAAAUGUUGAACCAAAUGUCCAGCAAACAAAUGAGUUUCUUUGUUCCGCACAACUAAAGAAAAAAGAGGUUCAAUCAAGAAAUUUAAGGAGAAAGAAAGGUUGGCUUGAUAAGUUACUCAAGGGGAAGCGCAGGUCAACUAAAACUACCACACCAACAAAAAAAGGAGCAAAGGUAUGUCGUUAUUUACAUGAUUUGUUCAUUGUUCAAUUCUAAACUAGUUACUUUAAUUUUCACUAGAAGCAACAAAAGAAGGGGAAGCCUCAAGUGGAAGCGGAGAAGGAUGACAAGAACAAAGGAGCAAACUUGGAGUUUCAAGAGUGCAAUGCAAUCUUCAGUUUCACCCAACUCUUGACAACUCCACCUUGUGAUGUUCAUCAUUUGUUUUAGCAUGUGCAAGUCUUCUAGAUAGUAUUUUGGACAGAGUUAACUAUAGUUGGGGCUAACUAUAGUCUUUUGUGGCCCAAGUGU